AUGAGCUCUUCGACCACCUCUUAUGGCCCAAACUCUAAUCGACAACCGGUCAAACCGGCAACUCGUAAGUUCUAAUAUCAAAAUGCAUAGUUGUGAUAAAGUUAGCUUUUCGAGAUUGAAAUGUUUUCAGGACCAGAACUGGCAAACUUCCGGAAUCUUCUCGAAAAGAUUUGUCCGAGCGCGAAGCUGGAAGAGGAGUUGAAUCAGAUGAGAAGUAUGGCACGGCUUCCGAAGCAGCAGCAGCAGCAGAAGAAGAAGGCGACGAAGACGCCGUACUCCCGCGAUAAGAGUGAGUCUGAGCGCAUACUGGUUUUGAUAAGUUUUCGCAUUUUCAGAGAAGUACGUUGAGCGAGGUUCUCCUGAAGCCUUCGAGGACAAGCACGACGACGAUGAGGUGCAGGAAAUCCGAGUCCAGCCACCACGGAUCAUGGCCCCUGCUCCGCCUGCUCCAGAACAACCGAACAAGGAAAACAUCGAGACGUACUCGGUGUGGAAACUGAACGAAACAGUCUUCCACGUGGAGCCGAACCUGAACUCGAUCAACGCGCGGCCCUCGCCGACGUUCCGCAUGUUCGGCAGCAUCGAAACGAUCGGGAACGGGCCCGUGGACGACGGACGGGACCAGCUGCCCUCGCACGGACUCUUCAAGGACGACGCCGACGGCUUCUCCGUCCUCCACAGCACCGUUUUCUGA